AUGCCUUCACUGCAGGAUCUAGAAGGUUUGACUCGAGGGAACAGCGACAUGAGCUUAUAUUUCGACGACCUUCCAAAUGUGCAGUUUGACAGCAACUGGCUCAACGCAUUUGUGAUGGAUCAGGACCUCACGACAUUAUCCGCCCAAUACGAGGAUCAUGUACCUGCUAUAGGCGACAGCCUAAGCGGGCAAUUGAUACCAGACCCGACAAGUAUCCAGUUGGACUCUGUCCCAAGUGAUGGAGACGCUUUGUUAGAGAUCAUCGAAAGCGAACAUGAAGUCGAGAGAUCAAAAUCAGGUAACGAUACCGUAUUUGGUACCACCAAGACCUUUGAGCACAGCUUAGCACCGCCAACACCAAGCCUUCCCGCUUGCACUGAGGAAAUCGCAUUCAACUACUUUAUGACCGAUGCUUCUCCUCGGAUUCCAGCUCUUGAUAGUCCUGGAAAUCCGUUUCGUGAGCUUUGCAGAAUCUCCAUCUCAUAUCCGCUACUCUUACAUACGUUCUUAGCGUCGGUCACAAGCUUUGAGAUCGUUGCGGAGUAUGGAACGAUUUCUCCGACUUUCAAUACUACGGAAGAGUUGUCUUUAUCAAUAGAGAAUCAUGCGUUUUCAGUCUUAUCCCUGAGAGAAGUUACCCUUGCAGCAUAUCUCAUUCACAUCGCUUCGGAGGUUAUGACUGGUAGCCUCACGACGGACACACAUCUUCGAAAUGCAUUCAAGCUGGUGGUUGAACUACGAUAUAUCGACAAGAUGCCUGACGGAUUCUAUUCUCGCUUCUUAGUGCAGCGAUUUGCCAUGAUUGAUAUCAUCAUGUCUCUCUUGCGGCGCCGGAAGCCCCUCGCACCCGAAUCUUUCAUCUUGUAUCAGCAGCAUGAGGAAGCUGACGUACCUGGGCCGUCCUUUCGCGAACUGACUGGCUGCCCUCAGCCUGUACUUUCUUUUUUGGCGAAUAUAUCGAUAUUGGCAACUGACGUUGAGUUGGAGAAUGACGUACGGCUCGCUCAAGCGUAUCAACUCGAAACCACUAUGCGAGACUGGGGAUCACGAAAGUACCCGAUGCCACUAAAUAUAGCUGCUCGAUCAAACAGCCCCCUGUCUGUCCCUCCCUCCCAAGAUGACCAUCUAAGUACCCUGAAUGCAUGCUUUUACUGGAUGGCGCACCUUCUCCUUGCGCGGCGAGUAUUUAUGGAUCCCACAGCGUCAAGUCGGGUUCAACUUUACCGAAAGCAUCUUUUCUCUCUUAUUGAUAGACUCCCUCCGGGCUGUGGGCCAGACUCCUCAUUGCCAAUUCCGUUCUAUAUGGCUGCACGAGAGGCUAUCGUACCUCUGGACCGUGAAUGGGUGCGCCAAAAACACGAUGAGAUGAUAAUCAUAUAUCCAGAUCGUUCUAGAGAGCUUAUGAUGUCUUUGACAGAAGACAUUUGGAGUCUCAGUGACAGGGAAUAUCACGACCUGGUGUCCAAAGGGCCUUGGGACCUCCCUUGA